CAAAUACUUCCCGGGCCAGGAGAGCCAGAUGAAGCUCAUCUACCGUGGGCAACUGCUGCAGGACCAGGCCCGGACGCUGCGCUCGCUGCACAUCACAGACAACUGUGUCAUCCACUGCCACCGUUCCCAGGGUGGCAGCACGGCCACCCCUGCCCUGCCUGACCCUGUCCCCGCUGUGCCCACAGCCCCAGGGCUGCCCCUGGGCACGGGGACCCUCAUGGUGCCCACGGUCAUGGUAGUGGUGGCGCUCGGGUGGUAUUUCCGCAUCAACUACCGACAGCUGUUCACUGCUUUCCCUGCUCCCCCCCAGCCAGCCCUGAUCGGGGUGACUGUCCUGGUCUCCUUCCUGGUGUAUGGAUAG